AUGACCGUCAAGAAUCUGAGUGAUCUCAAACCUCUGAAGGUUGCCAUUAUUGGCGGCGGACCUGGAGGAUUGGGGGCCGCGAUUGAGUUUGCGAAACUCAAUUACGUCGACUGGUCACUGUACGAGAAGAAGCCACAGAUCAGUGAAACUGGCGGCGGAAUCAGCCUCCAGCGCCAUACCUGGAGGCUCCUAGAGUUGAACGGGGCUGCCAAGAACAUCGACCCGAAAGAUUUCUUCAGGCCACCAGAUGGAAGCAGCGGACAGUCCAGAAAUGGAAGAACCGGAAAGCUUUUAGAACAACAUGGUCAUCCCGAGGAUACCCCACCACAGCAACUGAGCUGUCGCAUGAUUCGAGCUAAGCUACAGGCUGCUUUGCUCAAAGAAGUUGAUCAAACUCGGGUCAAGACCUCCAAAAAGCUGGUCGACGUUACGCAGCUAUCAAACGGCAAGAUCGCGAUCCGUUUCGACGACGGCUUCAACGAUGAGGUUGAUCUACUAAUUGGAGCAGACGGCAUUCGAUCUUUUGUGAGGUCUUUCUCGUUCCCCUCGCACAAGAUCAAAUAUAACGGCCAGUCUGCCUACCGUACCAUCAUUCACAAGCCUACGGCCGACAAGAUUGAAGGUAUCCCUAAAUCUCCUGUUUUCUGGCAGAACACUGGCGGCAAAUAUGUGUAUACGUGCCCACUAGGUGGCGACGAUUUCGAGGUGACUGCGCGCAUCCGCCGGCCGGCUGAAGGGCAAGACCAAGUGAGCUGGGGCCGUCCUUUUGAUCUGUCGACAAUCGCCGCAGAGUAUGACGAGUUUUGCGAACCUGUCCGCAAAAUCAUACAACUCGCUGCCCAGGGUCCGACGCAGGAAUUCGCCCUCUUCUCGGGGCCGCGGCUGGAAAGCGUAAUCUCUCACGGUGCCGUCGCCUUGAUUGGAGACGCGUCCCAUCCGCUGUCGGGAGCUUUUGGUGCUGGUGCCGGUUUCGCCUUGGAAGAUGUCUAUGCCUUGACGCGCAGCAUUGACUGGCACUGGAAGAACGGUGGGGGGCUGUCCGCCGCGUUGGAGUUGUAUGAUCAGAUCAGGUCGCCCCAUUACCGCGAUUUGUAUCAGACCUUGGACAAUUUUGGUGCGCUCAACGCUAAGCUGCUCGCUGAGAAUCUGCCUCCCAAUGAGGAGAUUGAGGAGCGAGUUCGGAGGGCGGCUGAGAGUCAAAGUUUGUGGAUGUACCAUUAUCAGAUAGAUAAAGCUGUCGAAAAGCUCCUUGGGGCUACCACGCAGCACGCUCAGAUAGCUUCUGUGCUCUGA